AUGCUGCUCGUGUUGUUGGCCGUGUGCUUGUUGUCGGGAUUCCCGCAUGAUUGCGCUGGUCAGAGGUAUGUGAUCGUAGCACCACAUACGGUGCGACCCCAUUCGACCUACGAAGUUUUAGUGACAAAUUUGGCGGAACAGGUGCAACAAUUUCGAUGUGAAAUAGUUGACUCCCAAGAUGUGCCGGUGCGCACACAAUUGGUCCGGGUGGAUCCUCAACGGAUUGCGCAAGCAGACAUCAAUAUCGGCUCACUAGAAGAAGGAAAGUACCAGCUGAAGGUGUGGAAUGAACAUCUUGCGCAGUUGCUCAACUCUACCAGCCUCAUGUUUUCGAGUAAAAGCUACACGGUGCUAUUCCAGACUGACAAACCCGAGUACAAACCCGGUGAUAAGGUGCAGUUCCGUGUGCUUUUUCUUUUGCCCAAUUUGCGACCGGUGCUGCGAGACGUGGCCCCAAGCGUCUUCAUCACCGACCCCAGCGGCUAUCGCAUCCAGAAGUGGAUCGACGCGAACGUACAGAAUGGUGUGUUUGAAGGAAGUUUCCAACUUGCGCCGCAUACAACAAUCGGUGAUUGGUCGAUUAGUGCGCUCGUGAAUGAUCAGCAUUUCUCAGACACCUUCAGGGUUGCGGAAUAUAUCCUUCCUGUGUUCAAGGUGGAGCUUAACAGUAUACCCAAAUCAUUCCAUUGCGACCAGCAAAACAUGGAGUUGCGUUUAGCGGCCCGUUACAUGGGGGGCGGAAUGGUACGGGGUAAUGCUACUAUCGUAGCCCGAGCCAACUACAACAACUACCCAUCACAAACGAAGGAAGUUGGUCGGCGACAUUUAAUGCUCAACGGAACUGUGGUGGUUCAAUUCCCGACCAGCAACGUUACGGCAGGGUGCGAUGAAGAGCGCAACGUGUGGUUCGACGUGGAAGUCAUGGAUAGUCUAACGGGCGUCAGCUAUAAUUUAACAAAAAAGUUUAAAGUGUAUAGCAUACUGUACAACAUGGACAUAAUUGAUGAUUUUGAAGGUUUUUAUCCGGGUUUACCGAUAAACUUGAAGGUCCGUCUUUCAGAAGCCGAUGGUUCUGCGAUGGCGAAUGAAGCUGUGACCAUAAUUUACAAGGUCAUAAACAGCGACCAAGAUAUGGAUGAUGGAAUUCGGAACCGCGAACUAUUAAAUACAAAUAGCCAUGGAAUUGCACGCCUUCGAAUCAAUACUACAAGUGAGACGUAUAGCGUUCACGUUGAGGGCUACUAUAAGAAUAUCACCUUCCCAUUACUCUACGCGGAGCCUUUGUAUCUAGAGAAGGGUGUUAAGUUUCUGACAGCUUACGUUAGACGCGCAUACCACACUGUUAAUGAUAACAUUACCAUUAAUCUGGAUUCCAACGUGAGCAUUCGAAGGAUCUUUUACAUCGGCUACUGCCGAGGUACGGUUUGUACCAAAGGAGCGAUUGAAUCAGAAAAUGCCAAAAAACAUCACACACUGGUCAUUCCUGCGAACUCCAAAAUGCCACCGAACAUGAAGCUUGUUAUGUUCAGUGUCUUGGAAAAUGGUGAAAUUUUAAGCUACCCUGUCAUCGUACAAUUUACAUCAGUUGGCAUUAAUGCGUUUAAGGUAAGGUGGACUCAAGACCAACCUGGUAUGUACAAGUUUAACAUACGUGCAGAGAACGGCGCGUUUGUUGGACUACUUGGGGUAGAUCAGAGUAUAACGUUGAGACCAUCGUCGAAUAACGACAUAACACUGCGUAAGAUCGAAAGUACGGAAAAGGAUUCGGAAGACUCCAUGGUCCUCUGGUCUGUGCACGACAGUUUUGGAAGCCUAGGAGCAACGCUUCUGACCGACGGAUAUCUUACAGAUGUUGGAAACGUAUACCACGGACCGGGUGGAGGGAUCGCUGACUAUUCCCGAAACAACUUAGAUGACGAUACUCGCCAAGAUUUUCCCGAAACAUGGAUUUGGGAGUCGUUGACUGCUAUCGAGUUUACUUUGCUGAAGCGUAUUCCGGAUACAAUUACAACAUGGGUUGUGACUGGCUUUGCUGUUGGACAAGAGCACGGUUUGGUCGUUUUGAAAGAACCAGUUCGCAUCAACAAUGCUAAGGAAGUUUACGCACAACUGCACGCGCCAGCAUCGAUCAAACAAUUCGAAGUAGUCGAUGCGGUCUGUCUCAUCCAUAAUAAUGGUAACAAUAUCACCGUCAACGUUGAAUUGUCACCGAAUUUUGGGACAAAGCGUAAUCUAUUCCUGAGAAAAGAAGAAUCGAAAAGGAUACCGUUUAAACUAUUGGCAAAAGCUAUUGGCGUGCUGACGGUAGACGUUGUAGUGAAAACACAGAAGGGAGUUACCAUCGAUACAACGCGACAAUCAAUAGCGGUACAUCCGGCUGGCGAAGAGAAAGUUGCAGACGAUGUUCGCUAUGUUAAUUUCGAAAAAUUGAACAGCACCAAUAUCAGUAUGACGGUAAAACAACUAAACUUGACAACAUCCUGCAGUGCCACGGAGGUUCAAUUUUCCGUUAUUGGAACACUCGUCAAUUUGAACCAGUAUGAUCUGGAAAGUAUGGUGUCCGCUUCAUAUGGAAGUGGUGGGGAGAGUCUUCUGUUCCUUCAAACGGCGAUUUCAGUCUACGAAUAUCUUAACAAAGUUGAAACUCUGAAUCAGGGUAGAAAACAAAAGCUUAUAGGCUACAUAGAGGUCGCCUACCAACAGCAUCUUCGGUUCCGCUUGAACGAUGGCUCGUUCAGUAUGUUCGGUACGGUGCGCAAGUGUAGCAGUAUCUGGCUGACAGCGGCUACGGUGGAAACCCUGGUUAAGGCGCGUACCUACCUUGCGGUAGACAAUUCGGUGAUAGUCGAAGGAUUAAGUUGGCUAACAAAGCAGAGCCAGGAUGAUGGCAGCUUCAAAGAGAACUGCCCGAUCGUGUAUCCACACAUCCAAUCGACAGGAGGGAAGGAAUUGUCUCUGGCAACCAGCGUGUUGUUCGCCUUUGUUGGUAAUGAAUACUCCGAGCGGUAUUCAGAUUUGAUAACCAAAACCGAUUCGUUGCUCAGGCGCGAGCCCAUAGAGGACGUAUACGUGUUGGCCAAAAUGGCGUACCUGAUGAAGAAUGAUCGUACGAUUCUGAAGAAACUGAAUGACAAAAUUGUAAAACAAGGCUCUUACUACUUCUGGAGGGUAUCGAAUCGGUCCCAGCCAACGCCUUCAGAAAAUACACGCAACCAAGGAGCAACGGCUUACGCCUUGCUAGCAAACUUGAACCAGUACAAGCAAACUCUGAGUAUAGAAGACCUGCUACGGGUGGCGCAAUGGAUCCAACAGAACAUGUUCACCAGUGAUCUGCGCAAGACGUCGUUAGAAAAAAUAGUCGCACUACAAGCACUGAAAUCUCUGCAGGAUCGGGUCACGACCGUGACACCAAACAUGAACGUACAGGUUUUGCAAAACAAACUUCAGCUUAAUGACAAAAAUCGAGAAUUACUUCAAACGAUAAAAUUACCGGCUACGGCUCUCGAUGUGACAGUAUCGGUUAAGGGAACAGGAUUUGCUAUGUUCAAAUUAAGCUACCGAUGCACGGUUCCUCCAAUGAGCAAUGAAGCGAGAAAUGAAAAGAAAUCCAGGCGAGCAGAUCCAGUUGAUGUGAAUAUUACAAAACUGAAGCAACAUAUGCAGACGCAAUGGAAUAUUUGUGCAACUUUUAGUGUGGUUUUUUCUCGUAGCGCAUUCUGUAGGUUCAACAUAUAUCUACCCACUGGAUUACAUUUGGUUGAACAGUCCUAUGCGUUUGAUAAUCGGACAAGCAGUGCUUCCAGUCAAGAUGGAGACACCCGUUUGGAGCUCGUCUACAAUGUUAACAAUUUUCCUACCAUUUGUUUCCCGGUUACUGCGCUGACCUAUUAUGAUCUGGUACACCUGACUACUGGCAUCGUAGAGCUGUGUCCCUUGGAUGGAACAGAUCAGUGUACUGCUUUUAUGCUCGCUUAGACAAAAAGCAACUGCUCACGACACAUGCUGCCUUUUCCGGAGUUAAAUGCAGCUACGAUAAAAGUGCGAAAGCUUCAAAGGUUCACUAAAUAAAGUUGAUUCAAAA